UGUUUCUAGUAACAGUUAACAGCACUAGUCACUAAAAGAAAAUGCAAUCCUCAACGUGGUUCACUUGACUUCAUGAAAAUGGGCCAGAGGAGUAGCGCAACAGAUGGCCAAAUCGCAGAGCCAUUAGCUUUUAGCGGGCACUAUCUGUGACACUUGCUAAUGGCUUUGUCAAUCAGCCAAGGGACUUAUGUGGGAUCAGUCCUUGGUCAUGUUAAUUUGCUGCUCGCGAGGGCAGUUCCUCUGCGGAAGGCGUCGAAGCAGGAAGCCAAUGGAAUGGCCGCGAACUCCAGCAGCGAUGAAUUCGACUUCAGCAAGUGGGACUUCCCGGCCGAACGCAUCUGGCUGCACAAGUCCAACGGGGAGAUCACUUGGAAGAUCUGCACUUUUGUGCCACUGAUUGCCUUUGGGCUGUAUGGAAACUUCACCAUGGUCUAUCUGAUAGCCGCCAACCGCUCCCUGAGGUCGCCCACCAACCUGAUCAUCGCCAACAUGGCCGUGGCUGACCUGCUGACCCUGGCCAUUUGUCCGGCGAUGUUUAUGGUCAACGACUUCUAUCAGAACUACCAGUUGGGCUGCGUGGGCUGCAAGCUGGAGGGUUUCCUCGUGGUGGUUUUCCUCAUCGCAGCUGUGCUCAAUCUCUCGGUGGUCAGCUACGAUCGGCUGACCGCCAUCGUACUGCCAAUGGAGACGCGUCUGACUGUGAGGGGAGUCCAAAUCGUGGUCGUUUGCACCUGGGUUUUGGGUAUCCUGUUAGCAUCACCGUUGGCCUUGUAUCGAGUUUACCGAGUGCGGAUCUGGAAGAACUUCACGGAGCGUUAUUGCAAGGAGAACACCUCCGUGCUGCCCAAAUACUGGUAUGUGCUCAUCACCAUUCUGGUUUGGUUGCCACUGGGCAUUAUGCUCAUCUGCUACAUAGCCAUAUUUUACAAGCUUGAUCGGUACGAAAAACGAGUGCUAAGUCGCGAGAAUCCCCUUUCAGUCAGCUAUAAACGUAGCGUGGCGAAAACCCUUUUUAUUGUGGUCGUUGUGUUUGCAGUUCUCCGGCUGCCAUUUACAAUCCUAGUGGUUCUGCGGGAGAAAUACUUCGACGAGGAUGUCUCUGUUAGCUCUGGAAUGCAACUCUUUUGGUACAUCUCACAGUACCUAAUGUUUCUCAAUGCCGCCGUCAAUCCGCUGAUCUAUGGAUUCAACAAUGAAAACUUUAGGCGGGCCUACUAUCAAAUCUCCUGGGUUCGCCGGUGGAAAGACGCAGCUAAGAUGAAGAAGCGAUCUGUGACAUCGAAGCAUUGCUGCUACUGUGCCUUCAUGAAGAAGGGCAAGCGGAAAACCGAGGAGCCACAGCAGCCAGGGAACGUGGAACGGGACAUGAGCAAUGAUAUGUCCACAGAGGAACCGACAGCCAAGUCAACUGAGAGAAUUCAAGAUGAUCUGGAUUAUUCAGUUGCGUCAGGAAUUGAAGCAGAUGGGUUUAUAUAA